CAAAAUGUUUAAAUCACUGCUUACAUCAACUCUCUUCAUUGUGCUUUUUUCUCUCUCUUCUACUUAUGCGGAUUUCGACAAAUUGCAACUGGUAUUAACAUGGCCACCAUCAUUUUGCCACGCCAAUAGUUGUCAACGAAUAGUUCCAAAAAAUUUUACGAUUCACGGUCUUUGGCCGGAUAAGGAGGGACCACAGCUGUUGAAGUACUGCAAGCCAAAACUUAAAUAUAACUAUUUCAGUGAUAAGAUGCUCAAUGACCUUGACAAACACUGGAUUCAGUUGAAGGUUGAUCAAGCUUCUGCUCUAAAAGACCAACGAGCAUGGAAAUAUCAAUAUCUAAAGCAUGGAUCCUGCUGUCAGAAAAUCUAUAAUCAAAACACGUAUUUUAGUUUAGCCUUGCACUUAAAAGAUAGGUUUGAUCUUCUGAGAACUCUCCAAAUACAUAGAAUUGUUCCUGGAUCAAGCUAUACAUUUGAAGAAAUCGUUGACGCCGUCAAAACAGUUACUCAGAUGGAUCCUGAUAUCAAGUGUACUGAAGGAGCACCGGAACUAUAUGAGAUAGGCAUAUGUUUUACCCCAAAUGGAGAUAGUCUAGUUGGUUGUCGUCAAAGUGAAACAUGCGACAAAACAGGGAAAAUAUUUUUCCGUCCCUGA